AUGUAUGUACGUGCUGCUUCAUUGAUACACCCUCAAGGGCAGGAUCUACCUCAGUCCAUAUGGUCACACAAAGGAAUUCAAGAAACAUGUUUGAUGCGGUAUUUUGUAGAUGAACUUGCGCAAUGGUUUGAUACAUGUGAUCCCUCCAAGCAUUUCGCUCACGUCGUUCCGCAACGGGCAGAGACCUGCCCUGCGCUCCGAUAUGCCAUGUUUUCCGCUUCCGCAAGACACCUCAGCCGACGGCAGCAUGUACGGACCAACGAGGUCUUGUGUUUAGGCAAGAAACUGCCUUAUCUUAGAGAGGAUGCUGCCUUGGAGUACCAAAGUUUGUGUAUCUCACAGCUCAUGAGCUUGUCUGGGGACCCUUCCGAAGUAGCAGAUGAGAACCUGUUGGCUGCAGCGGUAAUCUUGCGCUUCUAUGAAGAGGUAGACUCACCCCUUGUAGGGGUCGACGAUGAGACAUACUUGCGAGGAGUGCAAGUAUUUCUAGACGCUCAAGCUGCAGCCGCAGUCAGAAGUGGCGGUCUCCGACUAGCUUCGUUCUGGGUUGGCGUACGUCAAGAAUUUCACACCUCAUUCAUCAAGCAGCGGGUCUUUCAGUUAGACCUAAGUCACUACGACAACACCACUUACAGGUUACUCGAGCAAGCGGAUGACCCCACGUGGGCAAACCGAGUCAUCCUGCAUUGUGCCCACACGCUAAUCUACUGUUACGGUACUCGGAGCCAUACGUUGAAGGAAUAUGGACAGCUCUGGGACUAUAGUCAGGAGUGGCAACGGAUGGUACCGCCCACCUUCAACCCGAUCUACAGUCGACAGCCGGAGCGUUCGAAGGGCGAAGUGUUCCCAGAAUUGUGGUACUUAGAUGAUUGCAUUGUGACUGCCAUUCAGCAUUGGCACCUUGCAAGGAUCCUACUUCUUGCGUUCGAUCCCAGAGUUCCCCGCUUGGGACCCCGUCGAAGAGCAGCAGUCGGGCGAAGAGAGGCUGAUAUCAAGGAAAGCAUGUUCAUACUAUGUGGCAUCGCUCGGUCCAAUAAGGCAGCUCCUGCUCUCAUUACCGCAUGUAUGGGGGUUUCGAUGUGUGGGGAUCGGGUAACAGAUCGUUUGGAACAAGAGGCCUUACUCGAUAUCUUGACGGCCACCGAAGAGACGCAUGCCUUAUCCACGAUUAAGGCACAGAUCCAACUUCGUGAGGCGUGGGGUUGGACCAUUUAA